AGUGACAGAAGCAGACGACUUUCAACACUCAGCAGCGCCAUGUGUUGGCGCUUUAACGGCUCGAUAAAGAACCAGCGCGUGACGGAUCACGGAUGCGAGCGUUCGAUACGUCGGACUUUGCGAUUGACCGAUUUUUGAAGAUAUAAAUUCCGCAUACAAAAAUGUCUAAAAAACCAGGCGCCACACAGGCCCUUCAUAAGGUCAUAAUGGUGGGUAGCGGAGGUGUUGGAAAGUCCGCCCUGACUCUACAGUUCAUGUACGACGAGUUUGUUGAAGAUUACGAGCCAACAAAGGCUGACUCGUACAGGAAGACUGUUGUAUUGGAUGCGGAGGAAGUACAAAUAGAUAUUUUAGACACAGCAGGUCAAGAAGAUUAUGCAGCUAUUAGAGAUAAUUAUUUCCGCAGUGGUGAAGGCUUUCUUUGCGUAUUUUCUAUAACAGAAGAUGAUAGUUUUCAGGCCACUCAGGAGUUUAGGGAACAAAUUCUGAGAGUAAAAAAUGACGAUCACAUUCCCUUUCUGCUGGUGGGAAACAAAAGCGAUCUUCAAGAAAAACGAAAAGUCAAUCUAGCCGAGGCACAAGCUAGAUCGCAACAGUGGGGUGUUCCCUAUGUUGAGACUAGUGCAAAAACAAGAGAAAACGUUGACAAGGUAUUUUUCGACCUAAUGCGCGAGAUAAGGUCUCGCAAGAUCGAAGAUAAAUCUGCAAGUAAUGGCCGUGGAAAGGAUCGUGCCAAGAGAAAGAAAAAGAUGUGCAUUAUUCUAUAGGUUGGCAAUCUCCUCUCGCACUUUUAUUCUCCUCAUAUGGUAUUUUCAUACUAUAAACAGUGCAUCAGUCUUCCCCUCUGCAUAAACUUACCUACUCACAACUAAAAUCUAUUAGUACAUGUAUCGCAAUCCAACUACAGCAUACAUGCUUAUUUAUUUUGGAAACGUUUUUUGAAACUUUCAAAAACUUACUAUAUAAUAUGAUAUAAAAGUUCAACAUAAUAUUUCUGUAAUGGUUCAUACGCAUAAAAAUUUUGAUGUUACCUUGUUGCGAUGCUAUAUUGCUUACUUCCGUUUUUUUAUUGAAUUCAGCUCAACGUAUCUUUCCAUGUACUGAUGCAAAUGUAAUAGUCUAUUAUUUAAUGUCUGUAGCUGAUUUGUAAAUUUCUUUUACCUUUGUUAAAUUUUUAUUUAGUUUUGCUUAAAAUUAAUGUUCAAAAAGUACAGCUUUUGUAAAUGGAAUGCUUCUUAAUGUUAGAAAGUUGAAUUUAAUAGCUGCUUAACUUUGAUCCAAAGUGAUAAUAUUAUUUAUUUACAUGUGUCAAACUUUAAUUCAAGCAACAUAAUUCUUAAAUUUACCAACUUAUCUGCCAGACAGAAAUAUCACCUGACUUUCAAAUAAUUCUUACCAUUUAAAUUACUUAAAACUUGUCUACACAAUACCAUUUUUGUUUGGUAGUUUAUAAAAUUGAAAGAAUGAUAAUUCCAGGUAUUCUUUGACCUAAUGCGAGCAAUAGCUGCACGCAAGGCUCAAGAAAAUCAGGGUGAGGGGGGUGAACGGAAGAAGAAACCAAGUUGCUGCAUAUUACUUUAACAUAUU